UUAUGGCCACUUAAGUUAUUACAAAACCAAAUAAAAUGUUUAUUUUCUUAAAAUGGAUUUUAGAGUCCUGUUUAAAUGUGACAUGCCUGUGCAGCCUGUGGCAUGGGCUUAUGUGACCGAGCCAGUGCUGCUUCCUCUGUGAGCCACCACUUCGCUUCCUGCAAUGGGUGGAUUCACCCAGCUUUGCCAAGGCUGCUGUGGAGGGAUGCACAGGAUUGGAUCUGGGUUUUUCUUAUGUCCUUGUGUGUUUCCUGCUGCCCUUGUACUUUUUCUUUGAUCACAUCACUCAUCAGUUUUGUGGAAGGUGAAAUCUACUCUGUAUCUUGGAUUCCAACUGUGAGAAAUGUCCUUGGUAACCUUGCGUUGCUCCAGAUGGUAAAAUCUGCAGUCUGUACACCACUGCAGUAAGGCAAAAUACUUUUCAGUGGCUUGCCUUUUAUCCUAGCCCUUCUAAAACAUUUUUAUACAUGAUCUUUUCAAAGCUACUCUGGGGGAUUUCCACUCCCUUGCUGUUUUAAAAUGCUUGUACUGCUGUGUUAACCACAAAGCUCACACUGGUGCACUCUGUCUCUCUGUCUCUCUCUCAUUUUCUCCCCAUUGAGGACCAGCUACAGUUUGCAGACAGAAUUAACACAGCCAAAAACUUGCACAUAAUUAAGUGAGAUCAGAGUAUACUGCUAUAAAUGAGUGAUCAACAGGAAAAAGAAAGAUGUCAAGUUAAGAGGCUUCAACUCCUGUAACACCUAAACUGAAGAUGAGAGCCCUCCUGCCAGCAGCAACCUGCUGCAAGCGGUAGCCGAGGCCGAGUGGCUGCCAGGGAGUAUUUGAAGAGCUUCUCCCUGUGUCUGCUUCGCUUCCCAGUGCAGCUCCCAUGGCCUGUGACGAACCCGCUGCUCUCUCGGGCAUCUUCACGCGCCAGAACUCUGCCAGCACCAACUCUCUGGACUUCGAGCCCAACACCGACUACAAGUUUGUGGAAAGCCUGGAGGAGCGCUACAAGUGCGCCUACUGCCACCUGGUCCUGCACAACCCCCACCAGACGGGAUGCGGCCACCGCUUCUGCCAGCAGUGCAUUCUUGCUCUGAGAGAGUUAAAUGCAGUACCCACCUGUCCUGUCGACAAAGAAACAAUAAAAAUGCAUGAGGUAUUCAAAGACAACUGCUGUAAAAGGGAAGUUCUCAACUUGCAUGUGUUCUGCAAAAACUUUCCUGACUGCAAUUCAAAAGUAAUUCUGGGACGAUAUCAGGAGCAUCUCCAGCAGUGUUUGUUUCAAAGCAUGCAAUGCACUAAUGAUGGAUGUCCAGAUCAAAUUCUUCGCAAAGACUUGAAAGAGCACUUGAGCCAGCACUGUAAAUUCCGAGAAGAGAUGUGCCAGUACUGUAAUACAUAUGUGGUGUUAAUUAACAUAAAGAAUCAUGAGAAAAAUGAUUGUCCUGAUUAUCCUGUGCCUUGUCUCCAAAACUGUUCACAAAUAAUUCUGAAAAAAGAGAUCGAAAAGCACCAUGCUGUGUGUCCUGAGGCAGAAGUGGACUGCCCGUAUAAGCAGUACGGCUGUCAUGUAAAGGUUAAAAGAGGGAAACUUGCUGAACAUGAAAACAGUGCCCUGAGGGAACACAUGCUGCAGAUUUUAGACAAGAACUCCCGGUUGGAAGAACAGAUAUCUGACCUGUAUAAGAGCCUGGAACGUAAAGAGAUUAAAAUCCAGCAGCUAGCAGAUGCCAUUAAGAAAUGUGAGAAAGAAUUCAGACAGUAUACACAACUGUUUGGUAACAACAGCAGCUUGAUGGUAAGCAGUCAGGCUCUGGCCAGUCACCUGGAUAAGUCUGCACGCCUGGAAUCACAAGUGAAACAGCUAAUACAGAUGGCAAACCAGCAGCAAAGUAAAUUAGACCUGCGGCCCCUGUUUGACACAAUUGAAAACGUGAAACAGAAGAUUGCCCUGAUGGAGACGUACGACCAGCGCUUGGUUGUUUUGGAAGAUCAGUCCAGCAAACAUGAUCUCCAGAUCAAUAUUCACAAAGCACAGCUCAAUAAAAAUGAAGAACGAUUUAAGCUUCUGGAAGGCACGUGCUACAGUGGGAAAUUAAUCUGGAAAAUCACGGACUACAAGAUGAAGAAGAAAGAGGCAGUGGAAGGCCGUGUGCUGUCCAUAGCCAGCCAGCCCUUCUACACCAGCCGCUGCGGGUACAGGUUGUGUGCGAGAGCCUACCUGAACGGGGACGGCUCGGGAAAGGGAACGCACAUCUCCCUCUACUUCGUGGUCAUGAGGGGCGAGUUUGACUCGCUGCUCCUGUGGCCUUUCAAGCAGAAAGUUACACUUAUGCUUUUGGACCAAAGUGGGAAAAAAAAUCACAUCGUGGAAGUCUUUAGAGCUGACCCCAACAGCAGCAGUUUCAAAAGGCCGGAUGGAGAAAUGAAUAUCGCCUCCGGCUGUCCGCGCUUUGUGCCGCACUCAGUCCUGGAGAACACAAAGAACACCUACAUCAGAGAUGACACUCUCUUUUUGAAAGUGGUUGUGGAUCUAACUGAUCUGGAGGAAUUGUGAAAAGCGUGCCCGAUUAGUGUGACUUCUGUAACCAUGAGGAACUGCUUUUGUGGUGAACACCAGCCCUAUGAUAGUGAAUUGCCACCAGUCAAGCUACUGAGAAUGUUUCACAGCUUUGGAUUUACAGGACAGAUAAUGAAUUGCCAAAGCAUGGGCCUUUCCUUUUCUAACCUUUUUUUCAGGACUGCAUCUUUAAGGCAGCUAGAAGUCCAGUCUGAUGAAGGGAGGCAUUUGAUCCAGAUUGGUUCGGUCCAGGCUGGGGGGGAAUGCUUGGCUCCCAUCACCAGACUGGAAUUUGGAGAUGAAACUCCUCCAGUAAACUCUCUGGAGCCCAGGCAGGCCUAUGGGCUCCUCUCCCUCACAGAGAAGUGAAGCCAUGCCCAAAUGUGCAAGUGCAUUUCAUCUGUGUGCAAUGGAAACAUUUCAACAUUAGCAAAUUCAAAUCAAUGUGUAUUGAUCCCUCCAUCUCCUGGAUUUUUUGAAGCAGGAAGAAUGGCUUCAGUUAGGCAGGGAAAACAUUUGGCAAGUAUCUUGCAUCUUUUUUAUUUGUUUGAAUUGUGUUUUUCCAGAAAGCCCAGAGGAAGGAGCCAAUGCCUCUUAAUUUUGUAGCCUGUUUUAUCAGCUGUACAGGGUACCCCCAAGUCACAACAACUUUCUUGUGUCCUUUCAAUUCCUGCCUAGUGCCUUGGGACUGGUUUCCACUGGUGGUAAACAUCCACAGUCCCCAUCUGAAGCCAAAAGCUGCAGGUGCUUCUCACCCCUCAGGACAUGGCCAGAGGCAGGGCACUUGGACAGCCUGCCAGCUCUCAGCUGCACUUGUGGAAGAGGGGCAAAACUCCUGUUGUUUUGCUUCCACAUCUGUGCAAAAUAGAUGUUUUCUGGCCUACCAGCUCUACAAAAGGCAGGAAGAGCUUGGGAAAUAGCUCACGUAACAUGCACUUUUCCUCUCUCCUAGAUGUUUGGGGAAGAAGGGGGAAAAUGGAUUAGAGAGGGAGGUUGCUGUAAGAACCCAAUUUUCACUAUCAGUGCAGCUCUAGUGUUUGUUAAAGGAUGACACAGCUGCUGACUGUGAUGUCUGAAGACCUUACUUUUUAUUCCAAGUUCCUUCCAUACUGGAAGGCAAUGUGUGCAUUGUACAGGGUUUACUGGAGACGCACUAAAACCACCAAGAUCAGGCACUGAGGAACAGAAUACAUGUGCCUUUUUAAAGCCCUUUGGGUGCCUGUAAGAGGGUAUAAUUUUGCAUACUCAGUCAUUUUGCUAUUACAAGUGGCAGAAUUUUGCGUCUCUCAUCUCUUACAGGUCAGGUAGGGAAACACCAUGGCAUUAUCCGUUGCUCCAAAGCUUAUCAAGAGACAGCAAGAAACUAAGCUGGGUUUAGAGUAAGAGUAAACUAGGCAGGAUAAAAAUCAAAACAGGGCACAGACUGAAAAAUGUAAGAUAGAAAAUUCAGCAGGGCAAACGUGGCAAAAUGAAAAAUGCGGUUCCUGUUGAUAUCAACCUAAAUAAUUCAGGGAUUGAUACUAAGAUGAAGGCAAAAUACUUUAUUUUGUAUCUGCAAUCGUAUUGCUAGACAUUUACUUUCCCACAUGGUUUUCAGGACAUAAUUCAGAUGUAUUUUCUAACUCAGGGGUGGAGGGGAAGAGACCUUAGUAAUCUGUACCUCAUGGUGGGUUGGCACAUGUGAAAUCUUUGUUUUGAUCUAGAAGUCCCUUUUUGGUUUACAAUGUCAGGACGUACUGAGCCACCACAGGGGCUUUCCAUGUUCCCGGGGACAGAUUGUGAGAAACAAAUUUUAUUCUUGUACCACCACCAUUGACCUCAAGAGCUAUUUUAGCUGUAAAACAGAACAAAUUAGGCAUAAGACCUGGUUACAGAAAGAGCAGGCUUGUUUUGACAGUGGCGUGGCAUUCUGUGACAUCAGCCCUGAGCCUGGAUUUCAUGUCGAUUACUACUUCAAUGUUUGUCACGUAACUUUCAAAGUGACACAACUUGCAUAAUAACCACUAAUAACUGAUGGGAAUGUACCACCUGUGUGUCCUGGGACUCUCCAGUACACUGAGUGUAAAAUACAGAAACUGAUUAAGAGCUCGGACAAGCGAGGGAGGCAAGAUGAAAGGGAUGUGUGUGGUCUGUAUCCUGGCAAAUUCCCAGCCCUCUCCAUCUCCACCACCCCAAGUGUAAAAUGGGGAUAAUAAUACUUGCAGAAGUGUUAGGGUUAUUUAAAUGUUUGUGGUGAAGUUUGAGCAUGAGAAGAGCUAAGUAUUAUUAAAACUCCAUUUCUAAUUGUUAGAGUAGGUGAUGGCAUAGUGACGUGGAUAAGUGUUUAGUGUUUUCCUAGACAGAUUUUGAAAGCAUGUUUGGUUUUAGGCAGUUCGUACUGCAAUCUCUCCUCUACCUACUGGUUGGGUUUAGGUUUUUGCCAUGAAUAUUCCUUUUAAAAUUUUGAAGCACAAAUUCAUCCUGGGUGAUGGAGACAUCCCUUUUGAAAUACUGCCUGUUUUAUAAAGAAUUUGUUGAGAAAAUUAAUUUUUUUAAAGACAACCUUCUUUAAAUUGGUUCUUUUUAGUACAGAAAUUGAGAGAUUUAUGUUAAAAUUUUCAGUGAUUUUUUUACUACGUGUAAACAGGGUUUUAAAUUUCAUCUCAUUCCUAAUAAAGAAAAAAAAUGUUGUAUAGCAUGAAGUGUCAGGAAGAAUUUUGAUGUUGCAUGAAGAAUACCAAAAAACUUUUCAAUAAUACUGUACUGGAUAAGUAACCAAAAGAGCGUAGGGUAUUUCUACAUCAGUGUACGGUAUGUUUCUAACGUAUUUAUUGAUAGUUUGUAGUUUGAAUAUCUCUUACUACAAUAGAGGCAUUUUUCUAGAUGAAUGUCUUUACUGUGUACAUAAACUAAUGUAAGAAUAAAUAAUUUUAUCACCCUUCUGGA